GUGGCCCACAUGAAGAGCAAAGACAAUCGGAUCAAGCUGAUGAACGAAAUUCUCAAUGGGAUCAAAGUGCUAAAGCUUUAUGCCUGGGAGCUGGCAUUCAAGGACAAGGUGCUGGCCAUCAGCAGGAGGAGCUGAAGGUGCUGAAGAAGUCUGCCUACCUGUCAGCCGUGGGCACCUUCACCUGGGUCUGCACGCCCUUCCUGGUGGCCCUGUGCACAUUUGCCGUCUACGUGACCAUUGACAAGAACAACAUCCUGGAUGCCCAGACAGCCUUCGUGUCUUUGGCCUUGUUCAACAUCCUCCGGUUUCCCCUGAACAUUCUCCCCAUGGUCAUCAGCAGCAUCGUGCAGGCGGGGGCACGAACAGCAUCACCGUGAGGAAUGCCACAUUCACCUGGGCCAGGGGCGACCCUCCC